AUGCAGGGGGACUGGAAGAGGAAAGCCAUGCUGAGACUCCUGUUGCUGCUACUUCUUGCCAGGCUGCAAAGCUGCAAUCCCAGACCCCCCAGUGUCCUUCCAGAGGAGGAUUCAGAAGACAUGAGAACAGAGGCUCUUCGAAGGCUUUUGGAAGUAUUUGGCAUAGAAGACCCUCCCCGCUCUCCCCACCAUAUCAAGCAGCCUCCCCAGUACAUGGUGGACCUGUACAACACGGUAGCAGGAGCUGAUGGCAUCACUAAAGACCCUGACAUCUUGGAGGGAAACACCGUCCGCAGCUUCUUGGAUAAAACUCACAGUGAUGAGAUGCAUUUCCUGUUCAUCCUAUCGAGUGUGGCUAAGAACGAGAGGAUCCUGACAGCAGAGCUGCAUCUCUUCAGACUGCGGACUAAGGUGGCUGAGGGACCUUUCUACAAGAGACAUCACUUCUGCCAGGUGAGUGUCUAUCAAGUCCUGGACAAGAACAAACUGGAUUCCUUUGAAGGGAAGAAGCUGCUGGCAGCCAGACUUAUCGCUUUGCAGGGCUCUGGCUGGGAGGUGUUUGGCAUCACACAAGCUGUUCGUGACUGGAUGGAAGAGGACAGCAGUAACCACGGCCUGCUGGUGACUGUCCGCGGCUUGGGGAGUGCUCCGGUGGAUCCCAGCACGGUGCGAUUUGCAUCAGGAAGAGAUCACCACGAAAGCAAGAAGCCCAUGCUGGUUCUGUUCACUGAUGAUGGGAGACGAGGAGCUGCUCUGCCCAUCAGCAGCCUCCCAGACUUGAGCCCUCAGACUCCAGACCUCCCAGCUGCAUCGCUGGCACCAGAAGUGAGCGGGGCGCGGAAUGCCCGCUCGCUGGAUCAGAUCCUGCCAUGCCAGAGACAACUCCUCUCCGUGGACUUUGAGGAAAUCGGCUGGUCAGGAUGGAUCAUCUCCCCGAAAAGCUACAACGCGUAUCAUUGUAAAGGAUCCUGUCCCUUCCCCCUGGGCGAGAACAUGAGACCAACGAACCACGCCACAGUGCAGUCCAUCAUCAACGCCCUUAAACUGAGCCAGGGCGUCAGCAGCCCCUGCUGUGUCCCAGACAAACUCUUCUCCAUCAACCUCCUCUACUUUGAUGAUGAUGAGAACGUUGUCCUUAAACAAUACGAUGACAUGGUGGCUGGGAGCUGUGGCUGCCACUGAUGCCUGUCCCAUAGGAAGAGCAGGAAUGGGUCAGGGCAACGAGGAACCUCCCUCCCUCAGUUGUAAACACGUCUGCUCCCAGGAACCAACCCUCCCAGAGCCACUCACCAGCGGGAGCCUAUGCUGUGCUGCCCACUCAGGCUAGAGGUACCUGCAUUUUCACCACACUUCCAAGAAUCUCUGUCCUGCGAGAAAUCCACAUCUCCAGCUGCCACCACUUGGCUCAGUGGGGCAAUUACACCAAAACGGCACCUAACUUGUCUAAAGCACCUGGGAAAUGCUUUGAUUAAAGACAAGCAGCCUACGCCUGGGAUGCCUUUGUGUGCCCCUCGUC